AAUAUUAAUAAUCAUCAUUAUCAUACGAAUAAACAAUCUUUUAAGGAACACUAUCAAUGGGAAACUCUUCAACAAAAACCAGGUUUGUCAGAGGAUACUACGAAGAACCAUGGAGAAAACUGCCGUGUGAUGAUCAACUUGACAUAAAAUCGUUAAAAAUGGAGUUCUUGGAAAAGAUAGCAACGUUUGAAAUUCACCGGGAUGCAACAUUUCUUAACAUAUUAUUAAUUGGGCAAGCAGGAAGCGGGAAGUCUUCUUACAUCAACACUGUGUGCACAGCUAUAAGGAAUGUAAAAAGAAUUGUCUAUUCAGCAGGAGUAUUACAGAAAAGUGAUAAAUCUGUGACAUCAAUGAACAUUCCCGGAUCUUUAGUCCUAAGUGAUGGGAGGUGGUUGAAAGUCAGGUUAUUCGACAGUAGAGGACUUCAUCUGCAUGAUGGACUUCAUCAAGAUGAUAUUUUGAAUUUAUGCAAUGGACACAUCAAACCUGGAUACGAGUUUGACCCAAAUCAUCCCAUAAAAAAGGGCGAUCCAUUUUUUCGCGAUGACCCUGAACUGAACGACAAAAUGCACUGUGUGGUUUAUGUUGCUAAUAGUGAUGCUCCAGAAGGCUUAUUUGCAGAUGAAGUGGCAUCAAAUCAGUUGAAGAUGUUGCGUAGCAAACUUGCGAAGUUCG